AUGGACCGAAUUGAAAGAGCCCAGAACACGCAAAACUAUAAAUUGUCGAAAAAGUUAGAAAAACUCGAAAUCGACCGCCCGCGUACAGACCGCCAACCGCCUGAUUCCGGCAGUAAGGACCCGCCGGAGACUUCAAUCCGCCCCCGCCACUACCUCGCCAGAGCUCUGGCCGACCUCCGAUUUCGGCCCCUCCGGACUGACUUUUCCAGAUUUUCGAUUUUUCGACUUUUUGAUCAACUUUCUGGAACUCCCGAUUUUAUGGUUGCUGAUUUUGGUGUAGCUAGAGUGCACAAUCAGUCUGGUAUAAUGACUGCAGAAAUUGGAACAUAUGGGGGGUUUUUGAGCAUAAACCAUAUGAUCACAAAGAUGAUGUUUUUAGCUUUGCAAUUAUUUUCUGGGAGCUGCUCCAGGAAAGCUUUUGAAUGCAUAGUUGCUACUGGACCUGCCAUAGAGGCUCCUGCGUUGAGUCGAAGAGUUGAGCCACCAAAGUAUGCAACAGAUGAACCGAAAUAUUGCGUCUGCAGUACUGAACAUUCCAUCUGUUGUACCGAAUGUUUAGGGUGUUACACCGAAUCAUGCGGCUGUGGAAUCAAGGAAAAACUCCGUUCAACCCAAGGGAAUCACACACUAAGUUGA